UGCACGAGGAAUGGUUAUUAAAUGUAUGAUUUUCUUAGAACGCGUUUAACAAUGCAGGGCGUAUAUUAUAUAAAACUAUUGCUAAAUGUUUCGUAGCACUUGGUCAUUAAUCAAUUCUUCACUGUUAACAGUGUUCGGUGGAUAUAAGCAACAAGUCAAGGACGUGUUUUAUCUUAAUAGCAAUUGCUAAUGGCGAAUGAAGAUGAACCGUGUUGCCGCACAUUUACGUCUGUUUGCCUCAAAUUAUCUCGAAAUGUGCCGCGAGACAAACUGAAGCAGUUAAAUUUCUUGCUUCAAGAUAUCAUGCCAGAAAUCGACAUUCAUGACGAAAAACCAUUUGUGGAAGUGAUAAAGAAGCUUGAAGCCCGUGGAGUUCUAAACCGGAAUAAACCUGGGCAGAACGAGGCAGUACUACUCUAUGAGUUAUGUGAUGCAGUUUCAUUGAACAGUCUGGGUGACGAGAUAUGUUUGGAUUUUGCACUUGAAAGAGAUCCUUUGCAUCAUAUGCGUAUCUCGUCAUUCAGAAAACUUCUAGUAAAGUUAUCUGACGAAUUAAACCAGGAUUUUCUUAUCGAUAAAAUGAGGGAAUUCUUAGCCAAUACAUUAGAUGGUGAAAUUCCACACAGUUUGGGCGAUGAAGACGUUUCCGCCAUAAGUAUCUUUCAACGCAUGGUUCAAGCUUGUUUAAUCUCGGAACAAAAUUUAUCAUUGUUGGAAGAAAUGAUAGUAUUUUGUUCAAGAAAUGAUCUUCUGCAACGCAUUGAUGAUUUCAGGAACAAGAACAAUAUUUUCAAGAAAGUUCCGUUUGGAUUGCGCAAUCUUCCUCGAGACAUGGUGGAACGCCAAGCAGAAGUAAACGACAUAUUAAGCUUGCUCAGUGCAGGCAAUAACCUUGUGGGCGUGGUUGGGGUUCGCACCGGUGACAUAAUUGGUAUACGCGGUAUGGGAGGCCUAGGGAAGACUGUCUUAGCCCAGGCUAUUGCGUGGAAAGUGGCAAUGACUCGUCAGGUUAUCUGGCUUGAUAUUGGUCAAACUCCUGACUGCUUAGCACUGAUAAACACUCUCGUAAAAGCUCUCGGAGGGUCAAUGUCAUUUAGUGAUAUAUCCAGCGCGCAGGCCUGGAUACGAGCAAAUACGGUGAAUAAGGACUGCUUGGUCGGAUGA